AUAUACCUUGUAUGGCAACGUGGUUGGAUUGACUUCUCCAAGGUCUCACAUUAUUUAAUUGCGUAAAAUACUAUGGUUUUGAAGGUGGCCGGUGACUUCACUUUCUCCUAAAAGAGUGUCGGGGCCAUCUUUUUCCUUUUCAUGCAAGGACAAUCUCCUUGAUAAACGCGAGCGAGAAAGAGAAAGAGAAAGAGAAAGAGAGAAAAGAGAGUGUUUUGUUUUGUGUUGUAGCAAGCAAUGUUGUUGUGGUGGUGAUUCACAGCGAGGUGGAGGAGGAGAAAGAAAGGAAGAAAGAGAAGAGAGGUAAAGGUUUCGUUUCGCAUUCCAACACAAACACCAACAUGUUCGAUGGAGUAUCAGACCAGUUCCACCAAUUCAUAGCACCAAGGACCACUCUUCCUCUUCACUUGUCUUUCCCUCUUCAUGCCUCUUCAACUUCCCCAACUACUUUUCUACCCUUUGAUCCCUAUAACCCUUCUCAAUCUCAAUUCCAAACCAAUCUCUUCCACCCCUCAUUGCACCCUCCUUCUUCCCCCACCCACAAACACAAGCUUCCUUCAAUCCACCAAACACAAUUACCAGACCUAACCGAUUCCUGGACCAACGAUGAACUGCUUGCACUUUUCCGAAUCAGAUCUACCAUGGAGAAUUGGUUCCCGGAGCACACAUGGGACCAUGUCUCAAGGAAGCUGGCAGAGCUUGGGUUUAAGAAGAGUGCCGAGAAGUGCAAGGAGAAGUUCGAAGAUGAGAGUGGAUAUUUCGACAACAUUAGCAACUUCGGCAAGAGCAAUUACCGGUUCCUUAGCGAGCUGGAGGAGCUUUGUCAAAACCCUGAUUCGGGUGGUGGUGACGGUGAUGAUGCAACUGUGAGGAGUGAAAAGACCCUCCUCCACCUUGGAGGAGACAACAUGGGCCAUGGACAUGGACAAUGUGAUGGAACAGAAGACAAGGUUGUUGUGGCUGAAAAGUCAAAGGAGCGGAAGAGGAAGAGGCGUGACAGGUUCGAAAUGUUCAAGGGUUUUUGCGAGAGUGUGGUGAACAAGAUGAUGGCUCAACAGGAAGAGAUUCACAACAGGCUCCUCGAGGACAUGGUGAAGAGGGACCAAGAGAAGUUAGCCAGAGAGGAAGCAUGGAAGAAGCAAGAGAUGGAGAGGAUGAACAAGGAGCUUGACAUCAUGGCACAGGAACAAGCUAUUGCCGGAGACAGACAUGCCAUUAUAAUCGAAUUCUUAAAGAAAUGUGCAAAAACAGCAGCAACAACAUCAGCAACUUCACCAUCUCCUUCCAGUCUUCCAAAUCGUUCACUAUUGCACUCACUAAACCCUAAUAGUCCUUCCAAUGAAGACAACAAUCUUGAUCCAACACCACCUUCUCCUGAAACGCUUCUGAACCAUGAUCAAACUAAGUUAAGACCAGAAAACCCUAAUUCGAGUGAGACAUUAUUAUUACAAGUUCCUUCUUCCUCCAAUUCUUCUCCAAAUCCCCACAACCCUAGUUCUUCCCUCAACAGCCAUAACAAUAAUAUUAUCCCGUUAUUAGAAUCAAACUCAGUUUCCACAUACAAAACAACCUCAACAACCCCACAAGCCAGCACUGAGAACUCCAAGGAUGAUGUUGGGAGAAGAUGGCCGAGAGAUGAAGUGCUGGCACUGAUAAACCUGAGAUGCACGAGUGUAAGCAACAACAACAGUGAAGAAAAAGAAGGAAACAAGGGUCCUCUGUGGGAGAGAAUCUCGCAAGGGAUGUCAGAGCUGGGAUACAAAAGAAGCGCAAAGAGAUGCAAAGAGAAGUGGGAGAACAUAAACAAGUACUUCAGAAAAACUAAGGAUGUUAACAAGAAAAGGUCCCUUAAUUCUAGGACCUGUCCCUAUUUCCAUCAACUGAGUUGCUUGUAUGGUCAGGGAAAAAUUGUGGCAGCACAAUCGGAAAGAGAAGGAAACUACAUGAAUCCAACCGCGAAUUCCGGCCAAGUGCCACCGGAUUUUGGUGUCGAUGAUGAAGAUGAGUCUUCUCAUGUGGGGUCUGGUGGUUUGGAUCAUUAUGCAUGUUAAUUUCAUCAUGCAGGUCAGAAAACUUUGAAAUUAUUAAGUAAUAAUACCUUCUUCUUUGGGUCGUGAUUAAUUACUUUCAAAUUCAUUAAUUUGCCCAUUUUAUAAUAAGUUCCACUAUUUUCCUUA